UCUCCAGAUCCCCACGAGGCUGAUAAAUCCAACUUUUAGUACAAAGCAAAAUCAGUUCUUCGGGUUCUUCCCUUGUACACGCGCCGAAACACGAGGACACCUGAGGGGCUUUUAUAAAAUUUAGGAGACGGAUUCCUGCUUGGUUCGACCAUGGCGCCAGCACAACCGGAAGUCAUCGUCACGACGACAGUAUUCCAGGACGAGCCAACAUCAUCUGCCUCUGCGGUUCAGCACAACGCCAAUGAAAUCCCUGUCGGUGCGAUCGCGGGUGGUACCGCCGGAGGUGCUUUCCUGGCGUUCUUUUUAGUAUUCGUGUGGAUAAUGUGGGGGAAAAAGAUCAAACGUCAUGAAUUAAAGCAGCAGAAGGAGCUCAAUAAUCUGCGGAUAACGCACAAGAACACCAUGAUGAAUGCUUCCAAACUCUCCCGUCCUCGAAUACCUCAUCUCGCACCUGUUUUCUGGGUCCCAGAUUCCAGCAAGGUACAGUUUGCAGACAACGUCAAAGGCGGCGGCAGAACAAAAGAUACUGCGAAGACGCCUGCAGAUCCGCCGGAAAUCAAGCCAUCUCUUCCAAAGAUUCUUCGACCUGUCGUGUCUUCCCCCGAUGUGGACCAGUCAAGGUCCAGAGCUCCGCCUUUACGAAUGAAAACGGCUUCGCUGCCAAAAUUUCCUUCGCUACUGCAGCUAAAUCGCAAACCGUCUGCGACUAGCUCAAUAGAUGCAAAUGAAAACCCGUCACCUGGUGGCGAGGUGGGAGAUUGUGCGUCAAAGCUUGAGGAUAUCGGUGCAGGCACAAGAGACACCCAGCGCCUGUCGUGGCCACACUUUUUGAGGAGCAGCCGAGGUCGGACCAUUGUGGAUGCUGCACUAUCCAGCAGGACUUCUCGAACGUCGCAGGCAACAAGUGGCUCAGCAUAUUCACAACCUGACGAUCCCUCAGCGGUGGUUGGUGUUGCGCUAUGACGAAGACAGAUAUGGACCAAAAUAACGAUACGAAGGACGAUGUAUUCAUGACUUUUGACAGAUUAUUGUAACGAUUUAACAUAUUUCUAUACGACAAAAAAUGAAAACAAUUACUUGGUGGAGGGGUUAUUGAACGCACCUGUUCUAGUUGCGCUACGGUCUCCUUGAACAGUCCUACUUCUCGCCAACAAUCGAGACUCCUCCCGGCCUUC